CCGUCUCAUUGCAGUCAGUAAAUCGGGCGGCGGACGCGGCCGGUGCCGAUCGCGGCGCCGCCUCGCCGCGUCCCCGCCGGCCGCUAGUAGACUCGGAGGCCGCUCAUACGGUGGUCGCGCGCUACCACGGCGCACGCGACGGCCGACGCGGCGCCUCUGCGUCCGUGAGGCCGCCCCCAUGGUGCCGCCAGACGGCGCGCCGUCAGAGCCCUGGUCGGCCCGCGGCCGGCCGGAACCGGACUCCGCCCGUGCCGACGCGCUCCGGCCCGCGUCGGAGUCCGCCGACUCCCCACGGCAGACUGCGGAGUCUGCUGACUCCCCGCGGCAGACUGCGGGGUCUGCCGACUCCCCGCGGCAGACUGCGGAGUCUGCCGACUUACCGCAGCAGACUGCGGCUUCUGCCGACUCCCCGUGGCAGUCUGCGGGGUCUGCCGACUCCCCGUGGCAGUCUGCGGGGUCUGCCGACUCCCCGCGGCAUGCGUCGGGGUCCACUGACUCCCCGCGACAGCGUGCGGGGUCUGCUGAACCCCGGCGGCAGACAGCGGAGUCAGCUGACUCCCCGCGGGAGGCUGGCGCCGGUCCACUGUUGGUGACGGUGGCGGCUGGCUGGCGGGUGGCGGGCGGCCUGUCCGCCGCUCGCACCGUCCGCCUCAGCUCGCCGCAGACGGCACGGCAGAUGCCGCAGGAGUGGGCGGACACGUCAACGUGCGUGCUGCUGGAGCGCGCGGGCACCGGCUCGGAGCGGCCCGGCCUGGCGGUGACGGUGCCGGGCGGCCAGCCGAGCGCCAUCGCCGAGGUGACGCUGCUCUCGGAGUUUGGCCGGUGCCAGGUGUUCGGGGACGGCGGCGAGUACCUGGCCACGGAGGAGGCCGAGCUGCUGGACACGGUCGACGACACGGACGUGCUGUGUCUGCACCACUGCUGCCGGCCGCCUGUGCGGCAGUUGACGCUGCAGUGUGUGUGGCCGGUCGGCCGCGGCCAGCUGUGGGUGUACGGACUGGAGGUCCGGAUCCGGCCGGCCGCCGCCGGUGUCGCCUUCUCGAUGGAGGCCGUGCUGGCGCGUGUGAACGCGCAUGGCACGCCGCUCUCUCAGGGCGCCGAGGCACUGCGCCGCGCGCUGCAGGCGCUCCAGCCCGCUGGCUGUGACCGAGCCCCAGCCCCAGCACCGCCGGCACAGCCUGAAGCGCACACAGACCCAUCUGGCGUACAGGCGACCAAGGACAAGUUGCAGCCGGCGGCCGCUGCAGAGUGGUGCGGCGGAGGUGGUGAACGUACCCCCGAAGCAUCAGAUGUGCCGCAUUGGCUCGAGCGCGCCGUUCGCGAAAGUUUUGCGCAUCUGGAGGAGAGAAUGUGGCGGAAGAUCACACACAGGUUGGACGAGAUCGAGCAGAAGCAGGAUUUGAUACUGGAGCAAUUGAGAUUAAUCACGUCAAAGGGAGACAAAUAAAUGUGAAAUGCUUGUUA